AUGUGGCAUACGACAUCACCCGGCAGCAUCGCCUACAGAUCAUCGACAGAAAUCUCCACAACUAUGGAAAAUGCGGAGUCCGCAAGUACUGCAUAUGCACCCCCACCCCCGCACUCCUCACCACUCCCUGCCCCUUCCUUACCGAAACAUCUUCGCUAUCCAUCCAACCCUCCUCCAACCGGCCCACUACCUCGUCCACCUUCCAUUUUAGAAAACCAACAGAUCGGUGCCAGGCUCUCAGCGUCUUCUCCACCGCUUUCGGCUUCCAUCCACCCAAGACUUAUCGCAAACCCUUUCCCAACCCUUCCCGAAAUACAAGGGCAAGAACCUAGCGAACCCUUCCAUAAUACAUCAAACCCCAAGGGCUCCUUAACGGCUCUACUUACCCCUUCUAACUCCUUGCCAUAUAAUUCCGAUAGCCCUUCACCCGUUGGUCGCCAGCCCUCCGCCCAUACCCAAGCAUCAUCAGACGCUCUUGGAGAAAACUACCUGCCAUCUAAAUCUUACCCUCUUACACCCUCACCCUUAGACCGGGGCAAUCGGGUGUCAAGUGCUGUCAGUGAGGAUUACUCUACAUACUCUGGUUCCAGUUUACUCUGCUCGCAUGAGGAAACUGCUCCCCUCCCUUCAAGACCCACUCAAACCUUCCAUUUUGACCCCAAUGUAGUGCCGCUUGAAGAUCUUCAGCAAGACUCUCACAGCCUACGUAGGCUUUCGCGACUAAGCUACAUAAACGGGGGUACCGCCUUUAUGGUAUCCGAAGAAAGCGAUGACCUCCAAAGAAACGCUACUAGCUGGUCUUAUAGAAUAAACAAUGUUCUACCAGAGUUCGAAGGGCAGCAAAACCGAGACCCAACGGCAACUAGCCCUCGCGAUAUCAAUCCCCGAUUUGACUAUCAUAUAAAUAGCACUUUGGGAAGUCCGGGAGAUUCAAGUCUGAGGAUACACCCCGCUGACAAUCGUUUCGAAUACAAAUCCUUCAAAAGUACUUAUCGGAUACGGAAGGCGAAUGAAACCGAGGAACCAAUAUAUGUACCGGUAUAUAGUUUCGAGCCGCCGGGGAAAUUCCCCCAUAGAUCUAGAUUAACAGCCCCGUUGGCUACUCCAAAGUUUCUAAACCACACUCCACGGAACUUUUCGUUACCUGGGAGGCUCGAUGGGGACUCAGCAGACCGUUCUAGUAGUGAUAGUGCCGAAAUGCUUCUUGGGGACACCAGAAAAUCAAAUGGUAUUGGACAGGAAAUCAAAGUACCCUUGCGAGCUUACGAUGUUCAAAGACGCGGUUUGCGUCCCUUCUGGAACCCGCUGGCUAUGAAGUCGCCGGGAAUGGCACCAAGUCUGCCUGCUCGAAAGAAGAUAAAACGUGGUAUACAAUCCUACCGUAAAGAAACAGUUCACCAAAGGUUCGAAAGGGAACACAGUCACUAUUUCCAGGAUCUAAGCCAUCUCGAAGAGUCCCAUUGGCCAGCCGUUCCUAUACCGCCAAGGGUUCAAAUCCACGGCCCAAAAUUUUCGUUCUCCAGAUAUGGUGUCCCGACCCUCAGGCGACCCUCGGACUCCUACACAGGCAAGGAAAUAAACAAAAACCGUUGGCCAGAAAGAUAUAAACGACAAAAGCGCAUAGGCCGAUCGUUAUUAUGCAUGUGUAUCGCCAUGCCGCCUCUGUGGCUCGUCAUGUCAGUUGGCUUGUUGGAUAAUCUCGUAGCUGAAACCACAAGCGGCGAGAUUUGGGGUGUUGGGAGAGUAGAGAAGAUUCUUGCAGCCUGGUUUGGAGGAAUCUUUUGUUUUGCUCUGAUUGUUACAAUCAUUGUAAUAGGAAUUAUCGUUCUAUAA